AUGUGCCGCCUGUGACGGCCCGUGGGUGCGUGCGGUCUUGAGCUUGGGUGCUCGUGGUCACCACCGGCAUCUACCAGCUCGCCGCGUCUCGACCCGGGCGUUCUCCUGAUCUGAUCAGCCGUCUCGUCUCUGAGCGGUGCUCAUCCUCAAUGACUCGAGCCUUGUCGCGGACUCGCUGUUGGCCACCGCCUCCUGGCAACCAGCUUUGGCAAGGACCGUGCCGUGCCAGAAGCGGACAUUCCUGGGCAAGGCUUUCCCCUUUCAGUUCAUAUAGUUGGAGUCACGCCGAAAGUCCGAAACUAUCUCUGGUUUGCAUAGAAUCCAUAUAGGAGGAAAGGAAAGAAGAUCAAUGCUUGUGUGCAGAUGACACAACAGCACAUCUGCAUGGCUCCAGGUAUUCCCUUUAUUUUCUUUUGUUAACCAACAACACAGCAUAUCCUAUCUACGUAGUUUCCUAUACCCAUGUUACAUUUGUUCACACUUCUUCUUCGGCUUGUACCUUCUGCUUUCACCACAAAUUCCUUCACCAAAUAUGCUAGCAACUGCUCCAAUAUUACAAAUUUUCUUAACCCACGUUUCAUAUCACCAGUCAUUACUUAGACUGCAAGUGGAGCUUCCCAAAUCCCAAGCACCAUAUCUUAACCAGGACCCACCAAAUGGAGUGGAGUGCAGAUACAAGUAGCUAAGCAUUUGCAACACAGUCACUACUUCUUAAGGACUAUACACUGACUGCAUAGCGCGUAGUAUUUGUUUAAGGUCACUGGUGUGAUGCUAAGGUUUGUGCUUGCAGCUUGCCUGGAAUGUUACUUUAGCCGCCCACGUAUAUUUUUAUUUUCCCCGAGACUAACCGACCCUUACCCUCCCACCCAAGUCCUAACUACUACCACUACUGGUUGCUGCCCUUCCUCUGCAACUAAAGUAACCAUAGUUGAUAACACUGGCUAUCCCAAAUCUCCAAUCCACACACACUGCUCGUGGUGUUUGGAGAUGUCAUGGGCGAAAGCAGCACGUUUCACCUAAGCUACAGUUCUCAGGUUCAUCCCAAGUCAUCAUAGGCAAAUCAUAACAGCUACAAGGGUGCUGUGAUCCUCCUCCACUUGAUGCCGUGGGAGAAAAACAUGGUUGCUAUGGAAGCUGCUGUGGUAACAGGAAUAUUGAAGGUUGUGGGCAACAAGUUAGCUCCACUGGUUAUCAAAGAGUACAGGUGUGUAGUGAGUGUCAAAAAGGAUCUCCAGGAGCUUCAAGAUCUUGCUACGCAGAUCAACUCUUGGCUGGAAGCACAAGGAGGCAGAGCAGAAGGAAAUUGGCUCAAAAAGUUGAAAGAUGUAGCCUAUGAUGUUGACGAUGUUGUGGAUGAGUUCCAGCUAGAGGCUGAAAAAAAGGAUGUCAAUUCUGAUGGUGGAACAGUAUCCACAUACCGCACAAAGCCAAAAUCAUUUUUGCUUCAGUGCACGGCGGCCUGGAAAAUCAAGGACAUCAAGAAGCGGUUUGCUGAAAUUGUGAAGCAAAGAGCUGACAUCAAUGCAAUAAAAAAUAACAUACCAGACGCUCAUCCUGCACGACAUAUAACUGUGGAGUUGCUACCAUUACCCAAUGUGGAUGCGUCAUCAGUAAUCGGAAGAGAUAGAGAGAAGCACCAAAUAAUAUUCAAACUGGUAGAGAGCAAACACCAACAGAAAAUCAAGAUAGUUUCCAUCAUUGGACUUGGCGGCUCUGGGAAAACUACCUUGGCUAAACUUGUUUUCAAUGAUGGGAAUAUAAUUGCAAAGGAUUUUGAAGUUAGACUGUGGGUUCAUGUGUCGCAAGAAUUUGCCAUUCAAAAGCUUGUCGAGAAGUUGUUUGAAGCAUUUGCUGAAAAUAAAUCUGACCACCAUCCCUUGCCUCAUAUGAGCAAAAAAAUAUCAGAAAAAUUGUCUGAAAAGAGGUUUCUACUUGUUUUAGAUGACGUCUGGACAGAGGACCCAAUUCAAUGGGAAGAAUUCAUGGCAUUUCUAAAUGGGAUUGCACCUGGUCCUGGAAGUACGAUUUUGCUCACUACUCGAAGUAGAGAAGUUGCGGUAACAGUGGGAUCCAGUGACCACUUUGACUUGCCAUUGUUGUCUCCGAACGACAGCUGGCAACUGUUCCAACAAAGCAUAAUAAUGCCUGCUACACGUUGGACUCUUCAAUUUGAAGAGGUUGGGAAUCAGAUUGUGAAAAAAUGUGGUGGGUUACCACUGGCAAUUAAAGUUCUUGCAUGUGCCCUCACUGGCAAGGAACGAAUAGAAGAAUGGAAGGCCAUGAGAGACAAUAGUUUAUUAGAUGCAGUGGGUGAAGAAAAUAGACUAUUUGCAUGCUUGAAGUUGAGCUAUUUCCAUUUGCCAUCCCAUCUAAAGCCAUGCUUCACAAUAUGCUCACUUUUUCCCAAAGGCUACAUGAUUGAUAAAGAACAGUUGAUUGACCAAUGGAUUGCCCAUGAUAUGGUUGGAGUGGAGGUUGGUGUUGAUUACUUCGAGUAUACUGCCCACAAGUACUUUAAUUCUCUCGUUCAGAGGUCCUUUCUACAGGAUGUAGAUGAAAAUUCUUAUGGAAGAGUGAAAUGCAGGAUGCGUGAUUUGGUUCAUGAUCUUGCUCAGUCCAUCUUGGGUGAAAAAAUAUCACUUGUCGUGCCAAAGGAGGCAUCCAGUUCCACCAGGAGCUACAGAUAUUUUUCUUUAGCUAAACAGAAAAUCCAUUUACUACCCAAAAAUCUCUUCCAGAAAGCACGUGCUCUAUAUGCUGAUAAGUGUGAAGUUGAUUGUAAAAUAUUCAGCAAGGCACUAAAGAAUGCAAGACACUUGCGCAGUGUCACCAUGGAUUGCGUCGAUAAAGAACUAGUACAAGCCGUCAUAUUGCAGGUAAAAAAUCUGAAAUAUCUUGAGAUUUCAAGACAGUAUGGUGAAGCACUUCCAGAAGCUAUUUCAGAUAUCUGGAGCUUGCAAACUCUGCAUCUAACAUCUAGUGAUCUUCUCGAAUUGCCUAAAUCCAUAGGUAAGCUGCAGAAGCUAAGAACACUGAACCUGUCACAUUGUGAAAAGCUAAAGUGCUUACCAGAUUCUAUUGUUAAUUGCCAAAUGAUUUCAAGCAUUGAUCUUUGCAACUGCAAGCAGCUUACGGUACUGCCAAGCUCUAUUGGCAGAAACAAAAUGCUAAGAGUUUUGAGACUAGGCAACACCAAAAUGGAGAGGUUACCAUCAAGUGUCACAGCAUUGAGAAAUUUGGAGUGUUUGGACCUUCACGAUUGUCGGUAUCUGGUAGAGUUUCCUAAAGACAUGGGCAACUUGGACAAGCUUCAUGUUUUGAACCUCACAAAAUGUAAAAAAUUGGGAGGCAUACCGGUUGGAAUCAGACAGCUUAGUGGGCUACAAAAAUUGGGCUUGUUUGCUUUGGGGAAGGAUGAAAAGUUUGCAGGAAUCUCAGAACUUGGAAACUUACCUAGGAUUGGUGGGAAACUAAGUAUAAGAGGUAUUUAUCAUGGGCUGUACCCAGUGGAUGCAUACAAUGCACACUUGAAACUAAUGACAAACUUACAGGGAUUGGACCUACGGUGGAGAAUGGAGGACGAGGUCGAGGUGAACACUGAAUUGGAGCAGGCUGUCCUUGAUUGUUUGGAACCACCGCAAGGGAUUAAAGAGCUAAUGAUCAGUGGGUAUUCAGGUAGGCAAUAUGCAUGGUGGAUGCAAAAUCGAGUUGAUGGCGGAGUAAGUGGGCUUCCUUUCUUCCCAUUUUUGAGGGUGAUGGCGCUAUUUAAGUUGCCGAACUUGAAGCAUCUAAAUGGGCUUGCGGAGCUGCCUUGUUUGGAGGAGCUUAGACUGAGUCCAACAGCGCGAGGCAAACGCAAUUUUGCCUCACGCUCGCCACUAUGCCUCGACGAGCGGAGCUCAAACAGCAGAGGCAGCGGGCGAGGCAAACUUCCUUCCGAGGAGAGAGGAGAUGUAAAAAUACAUCCCCUCUCUCCUCGAAUGCAUUUCGCGAGCGACGGCGGCGACACAGAGGGUGCGCGGGGGCGGCGGCGCAGGGCGAGCGCGGCACGGUGAAGGAACGCCGGUGGGAGACAAGCGUGGCGGAGGAGCGCCGGCGCCGGAGCUCGAGCCCAAUCCAUGGCCGCCGGCGCGGGCCUGGUCUGCCGCGGGAGAAGGGGACGGAGAGGAGGGCCGGGGAGCAGAGGCCGGCCGCGAGGAGGUCCCGCCGGCUGGGGAGCAGAGGCGGGCCGGAGCUCGCCCUGGUGGCGUGUGUCCUCUGCGUGGCGCGGCGGAGCAAAUCUCGGUCUCCCUAGACUCCCCCGACGGUGGCCUCGAUGCGGCCCGAGUGGCGAGACGCGGCUCCAACGGCGGCCUUGAGCUCCCUCCGCGGCCGUGGCGACCUCGACGGCGCCCCCUCCUCCGACGGCCUCGAGCGGAGUGGAGCGGAUGCGCGCGGCCGGUGCGGCAGCCGGCGCGGCGGGCCUCGGCGGAGCCGGAUGCGCGCGGCGGCGUCGGGACCCAGCGGCCUCGACGAUGACCUGACCGGCCGCGAGGAGGUCCCCUGCUUCACCUCCGGCGAGCGCGGCCCCCUCUGAGCUCGAGGGCGGCCCUCCUCUCCUGAUGCUACGGCGAGCGGCGGGCGUGCCGGCCGGAGCGUUGCGCAGCGAGACAAGCAGCAUCCGACCUUCCCCCUCCCCUGUGCACGCGGCCGCCCUCCUUCCCCCUCCCCUGCCUGCUGGCGACGCGGAGCGGCCGAGGCGGCGGUGGCCGGUGACUGCGCGGCGCGGCGCGGCGGA